GUGACAUUUGAAAGAACAACAUCCUAUUUCAACACCAGACGAAUAGCAGAUUUGCCGCAUAUCACUUGGCUAAUAUCACUCAAGCGCUAUUCACUUUGGAGAUUUUAUUUCCUACAUCAUGCUACUAAGACGAGGUUGGCCCUUGGUUGGCAAAGGUCCCACAUGCCUACAUCGACGUGUGUCAUCGUCCACCAUAGCAAAGCUUUCAAUAACGAUUCCUACGGACGAUCAACAGUCAACAACUGAUCGACAGCAGAUGGAUGAAUUUACGAAGGAAUUCUUACGGAACCAAAUAAAAGUCAGUGACGUUCAACGGAUUAUUUUAAGUGCAGGCAGCUCACUUGCCGCUCUGGUUGAUCCACGAAGGCAUGAUAUGAUCGCAUGCCUCGGAGAGACUACUGGAAGGGAGGCACUGGAAAAUAUGCAGUAUCUAAUGCAAAAUAGCGAAGAAGGACAGCAAAUCUUAAGAGAGAAACCACGGAUCAAUACACGUACCGUCGACAUGGAGGGGCUAAAACAACUACCCCCCAAUACAUUCGGUUACAAUUACGUCAAGUUCAUGGAGGAUAAUAACAUAACUCCAGACUCACGCAUGGAAGUACGAUUUUUAGAGGAUCCGGAACUCGCCUACAUCAUGACACGCUAUCGGGAAACACAUGAUAUGGUCCAUGCUGUCCUGGAUAUGCCCACGCACAUGCUGGGUGAAGUCACAGUCAAAUGGGUCGAAGCACUGAAUACCGGUCUGCCAAUGUGCUACGGUGGGGCCAUUUUCGGUGCAUUCCGUCUUCGUCCCAAACAAAGAAAAAAUUAUCUCCGGCACUACUUACCUUGGGCUCUGCGGUCCGGGAAUCGUAUUAAACCUUUGAUGACGGUCUACUGGGAGAAGCGAUGGGAGCAAGAUGUGGACGAAUUAAGGAAGGAAUUAAACAUUGAGCCGUUAAAUGUAAAGUCAUUGUAG